CCAAUUUCACCACGAGACACAUGAAGAACGCUCUGCCGUCGCACCUUUCGCACCAAGCCGCGCUUGCUGUCAUCUUGCACGAGUCGAGCCCGCACUACGACGGCGUCCAGCGGGUCCGCGCGGCCACGACAAGGCGUUCCAGCGCUGGCCGCCGCACAUCAAACCUCCUGUACCCGUUCUUGAGCGCGCCGAGCGAGCAGCUGCCGAUGAUCGCCGAGCGCGUGCAGCGCGCCGUCGCCAACGUCGCGCCAAUCGACGGCGGCUUUGCAUCCUUGAGUCAGUUCCAGCACUCGGCCCGGCGCGCGACCGUCUUCUUGGCGCCGGACGCAUCGACGCACGACGCGCUCGUGUCGCUCCAGGCCAAGCUCCAGGCGGCGUUUCCCGAGUGCGACCAUGACAAGCGAGCGUUCGCACCGCACCUGACGCUGGGCCAAGCAGAGGGCGGAGUCCAGGCCACGGCGGCGCUGCGAAGCGCGAUGGAGGCCCAGCUGCUGCCGCUGCCGCCGUGGGCCAUUGCAAGCGUCGUCGUCCUCGAGCGCAACGGACGCGACGACCCUUUCCGCGUCGUCCAUCAAGUGCCGCUGCGCGGGUAAUCAUCGCAUCCAGAAAACAAUAGGUGACACCAAAUGUAUCAACAAAUAAUUGCAUGUUACUCCGAAACUGAUGCAUGUCCAUUGCUCGUUGACGUCAUUCCUGUCGCGAGAUGCACAUCAAUUGCACCCUCCGAAGGAAGCCCAUACAGCAUACACAACACAAUAUUAGUCCCUUGCACGAUCGGC